UGAGCGGGCGGCCUGUCACUCACCCUCUUGGCCCCGCCUUCCGCUUCCUCCUUCCUCCCUGUUGCUAUGGUGAUGAGGCCUACUCACCACCGGCGACCACCAUGGAGUACACGGGCAGCGCCUACAAGGGGGACCGCGUGAACGGCAGGUUGGAGGGCACCGGAACCUACACCCUCCCGACCGAAACCAAAUACGUGGGUGAGAUGAAAGACGGGAUGUUCCACGGCCAAGGGACGUUGUUCUUCCCCAGCGGAAGCAAAUACGAAGGGACCUGGGACAAAGGGAUCAACAUAGAGGGGAAAUACACCUUUGCCGAUGGGCUGGAGUAUCAAGACCAGAAGUGGCAUUACUGCGACGGCUUCGACAGGAGGUUUUACACCGAAAUCUGUUCAGGCUUGAAGCCGGCAGGCAUUUCCCAGCUCACGAACCUGGACCCUCCUCGGGUCAUCCCCAAGGGCUGCUACGACUGUGGCGACGGCUUCUACAACCCCAAAACGAGAGUCGUGACCGACUACAAGCACCGCUUCUUGAGAAAUGCAGACGACGACGAGCACGAGUGGAUCGUCCGGACGUGCCGCAAAGGCUGGGACGAGUUCAUCGGCUUCAGGUCGAAGGAGGGAGUGCCGUCGUCGCAGUUUGAGGAAGGCGAGGAGAGGAAGGAAGAGAAGGAGGCCUGAAGCCCUUUCCCGCUUCCCUUCCCUAUAAUUUCUCCAUUAAGGUAGUUUUUGUUACCUUUCGCGCUUUCGCGAGCCAAAUAAAAGCAUCAAGACGCA